GUGUUUCGAUACGUAUUCCACGUGAUUCAAUUCCGAGUCACUCGUCCGCCUCUGGGAUGUUGUUCUACGUCCACCAUCUUUGUUUGAGCAUAGCCACCGCGUGAGCAGGUUACAGUAAGAGUAUUUACUUGAAUUUCCCUCAAAAUGUCGAAACUACAGCUUUUGAAUGAGUUUCUCAGACAGCGUUUCACGGAGAUAUUUGGGGCAGUCGAAAAAACGAUAACUGAGUACAAGGAAGAAGUAUCUUGUUCAAAGGAGGAAAUCGAACGUCUACAGAAGCUUCUGGAUUUGGCUUUGAAACCAGAUCUAAAGUUGCAUAAAGCAGAUGCCCAGAUGCUCAUUGUCCCUGAGGAGGUUCAUUGUGAGCAGGAGCAGAGGCCCAGUCUUGGACAGGAAGACUCAUAUCCUGCACACAUUCAAUGGGAACAGGAGCUCUCAACCAGUCAGGAGGGAAUACACCAUCAACAACUAAACUCUGACAUCACAGAGUUGAUAUUUUCUCCUCUCUGUGGGAAAGGUCACUAUGAUCAGAAACAGCCAAUGCCCUUACUAACACCCAACAGAACUGAAGCUAUGGACACUGACCCAGAGCAAGAGAGAGACUAUGUAUCAGAAACCAGCAGCAACUUUCAGCCCAUUUCUGUAACAAGUCCAGAACCCUCUGCAUCUCAGAAUUGCACCAGUAGGUGUAUUGAUAUAGUACCGAAUAGAGGACUGCUGUCAGCAUUGGGGUUAGUACGGACAAACAGUGUUCAAACAAGUGUUGUAGGCCGCAGAACCAAAAGAUUACCACACAAGAAAGUACAAAGCCCCAAUUCCAGUGCCGUAGCCAGGAAAAUUGCCAAAUUACAUAAGACAGCGCAAAGCCUCAAUACCAGUACAGGAGGCCGUAGGACCACAAAGUCAACCCUCAAGACUGUGCAAAGCCCCAAUACCAGUACAGUAGCCGGGGCAACUACCAAGUCACCCAUCCAGACAGUGCAAAGCCUCAAUACCAGUACAGUAGCCGGGACAACUACCAAGUCACCCCUCAAGACUGCACAAAGCCCCAUUAACACCGUUGGAGGAACAAAAUCUGGCAAGACAAACCUUGAGUGUGUUCAAAGCCCCAAUACCAGUGUUAAAGGCAGGAAGACUACAAAGUUACCCCUUGAGACAGUACAAAACCCCAACAAUAAUAUAGUUGGGACAAAUACCAAGUCAUCCCUUGUGACUGUGCAAAGCACCAAUACUGGUGUGAUGAUUACAAAGUUACCCGUCAAAACAUUGCGAAGCCCAAAGACCAGUGUUGGAGGAAGGAGAACUUCCAAGUCACCACAUGUUAGAGUUGAGACAGGAGGACUACGGUCAGCACUACAAUUAGUUCGGACAUUGAGGACACGGAUUAAGAAGGAACAGAACUCUCCCACCAGUCCUGAAGCUUGGAAAACUACAAAGUUAUCCCACAAUAAAGAACAAAGCUCUCUUACCAUUGCUGUAGAGAGGAAAAACCCCAGAUUAUCCAAGGUAACAUCACCCAAUAAAAGCCCUACUUCUCCUCAUUGUUGCAAGAUGUGUGGGAAGUCUUUUGUUUUCAUGAGUUACCUUGUCAGUCAUGUACAAAAAAUGCAUUUAAAGGAUAAAUACCAUCUUUGUGGGGUUUGUGGAAAAGAUUUCAUGUCCACAGACAGUAUGGUGAAUCAUUUGCAAACUCACAUUGGAGUAAAGCAUUUUUGUCACGCCUGUGCUAAAGUCUUCACUUGUAGUUCAAAUCUGAAGGUACAUAUGAGGAUCCAUACAGGAGAGAGGCCAUUUAAGUGUAAAGAAUGUGGGAAAGGCUUCACUGUAAGAAAAUCCCUGAAGGACCAUGUUAGGAAUCACACCGGUGAGAGGCCACAUAAGUGCUCCAAAUGUGGAAAAUGUUUUGCAUCAACAACUCAUCUAAGUCGCCAUCAGGAAAUCCACACAGGAGAGAAACCAUAUCAAUGCAACGAUUGUGGGAAAAGCUUCAGUCGGAAGGAAAAGCUAGCAGAACAUAUAAGGACUCAUACUGGGGAGAAGCCAUUUCCUUGCCCUAAAUGUGGCAAAUGCUUUGGUCUGAAAGGAAAUCUGAACACCCAUAUGAUUAGACACACAGGGGAGAAACCAUGCAAGUGCAUUGAAUGCGGUAAGGGCUUCUCUUUGAAUGCUGAUCUGAAAAUUCAUAUGAGGACACACACAGGUGAGAAAAGAUACAAGUGCAAUGUUUGUGACAAAUCUUUCACCCAGAAGGGAUAUUUGGCUGGCCACAUCCUGAAACACACAGGAGAGAAACAAAAGGAUCAGUAAUUUUUGGGAUUACAUCAAUCAGAUUAAUUCUGAAUGCUCUUGAAAGUUUUAAUGUUUCCAUUUAUUCUAAGUUUCUUUAUUGUUGUUUCAUGUUUUCUGGUGUAACAGAAAAUGGCAAAACAUCACAACAGUACAAAAAUGUGAAAUCACCACAUAAUUUAGUGACUUAUUAAUUAAACCUGUGUUUUGUUAGAUAAAGUCUAAUGGAUUGUAUGAUAUUAAUGUAUCAUCAAUUUCAGCUUGAUUUCAUUUUACGGAAUAUAUUUUUUAUGUUUCAUCUUUAUUUUCACUUAUUGUAAUGGGCUUCUUUGGCUUGACAUCUAGGUUUAACCUUUGUUGCUUUUUGUUUGAUUUUCUGUGAAUCCUUUGGAGAUUUGUGAACUAUUUCUAUGAAUAAAGAAAAAGCAUAAAUCUUGA